AUGAGAAGGAUCGAAGUUGCACUGGAUAGUUUGAGAGCUAGAAGGUGUGGCACCACGCGACAUCUUCCCGAACAUCGUCCGCUAUGUCGUGAAUUCGCGGCCAAAGUCACGCCAGGCAUACCUUCCGUGACGGCUCGUGAGAUGCUCGACUCCCAGCGACGUUCCCACGUUGGGGAUAUCCACCAUCAUCUCCGAACUAGCGGCAUUCUGAAGAUACGCCUCCAGUUUCCCGAUGACGAUAGCCAAUAUCUGGAGCGCAUAAUACUUAACCUAUGCGCUCAUUACAGGCAUGGGCAUCCUACACGCCACAGCGCUUCCCGAGGCUGGUUCUGGGAUGUUCGCCCCAGCUCUGCUGGCCUGGAGACACGAGUUCCCCUAGCACGAUCAGAAACCAUGCAAGAGUUCCAAUGGCACACUGACUGUAGCUACGAGAGCGCACCCCCGAAAUACUUUGCGCUUCAAGUUCUGCAGCCCGAUCGCUACGGUGGGGGUACCUUGUCCCUCAUGACGAUUGCCAAGCUUGCGCAUCACCUGUCCCCGGCUGUACAGAAAGCUCUAUUGGAACCGGAGUUCAAAAUCAAGAUUCCUCCAGAAUUUUCUAAACAGCCUGACCAACAGCACAUAAUGGGGAACAUCCUUGGAUUAGACAAGAUGGAUAAUUCGCUGGUAGUGAGGUUCCGGGAAGACCUGAUAGAGCCCAUGAACCCCAGGGCUGCGGCAGCAUAUGAGGAGCUGAAGUGGCUCCAUGGGCGGGAUGCCAUCAAGGAUCCUGCCAGGCAUUUGCGUCGAGUGCGAUGGAAUGCAAUGUCGUUCCCUUCCGUCGGCCAGGGUGGCACGGCGGGCUCUUAGAAAGGGCGGCCUAAGCCUCGGAUAGGAAGUUUAGGAAUGUAUACUUACUCAAUUUAUUCAUCAGCAAGUAGGGCCGCUGCUUCCGCUGUUCAGCUUUGCUACAGUAAUGAGUUGGUAAGGGCAUCUUGAAGUUUCUUACGUGCGAGAACAGGCAACAUUUACUUGCGAAGGGAACGAG